GGCCGGAGCGCUCGGAGCCCCGCCGGUGCCAAGCCGGGCCGGGCCCCGCCGGGGCCAUGGCACGCUGCCCGCGCCGAACGCUGGGCGCGGCGGGGCCGCUGCUGCCGCUGCUCUGCGCGCUGCUCCGCGCCGCCGCCGACACCAGCACCGGCCGGGGUUGGUUAAAAACUUAUGGCUACUUACUUCCAUCUGACAGCCAAAUGUCUCCCUUUCAGUCAGGAAAAGCUGUGCAGUCUGCAGUUGCCACUAUGCAACAGUUUUAUGGAAUCCCAGUAACAGGAGUUUUGGACCAGACAACUAUUGAGUGGAUGAAGAAGCCUAGAUGUGGAGUUCCAGAUCAUCCCCACCUACAUCGCAGCCGGAGGAAAAAGCGGUAUGCACUCACUGGCCAGAAGUGGAGACAGAAGCACAUAACCUACAGUGUACACAACUACACCCCCAAGGUUGGCGAGAUUGAUACAAGGAGGGCCAUUCGUCAGGCCUUUGAUGUUUGGCAGAGAGUGACACCACUUACCUUUGAAGAGGUCCCUUACCAUGAAAUUAAAAAUGACAGAAAGGAGGCAGAUAUUAUGAUAUUUUUUGCUUCUGGUUUCCAUGGAGACAGUUCUCCCUUUGAUGGAGAAGGUGGAUUCCUGGCUCAUGCUUACUUUCCUGGACCGGGAAUUGGAGGUGACACUCACUUUGACUCAGAUGAGCCAUGGACCCUGGGAAAUUCUAAUCAUGAUGGGAACGAUCUUUUCCUGGUUGCAGUACAUGAGCUGGGGCAUGCACUGGGUCUGGAGCACUCCAAUGAUCCCAGUGCCAUCAUGGCUCCUUUCUACCAGUACAUGGAAACACACAACUUCAAACUGCCCCAGGACGACCUCCAAGGAAUUCAGAAGAUCUAUGGUCCUCCUAUAGAGCCCCUGGAGCCAACCAGGCCUUUACCAACUCUUCCUGUUCGCAGAAUUCACUCCACUUCAGAAAGAAAACAUGAGAGACAGCCACGACCUCCCAGUCCUCCUCUGGGUGACAGGCCAACUCUCCCUGGCUCCAAACCGAACAUCUGCGAUGGCAACUUUAACACUGUGGCUCUGUUUAGAGGAGAAAUGUUUGUUUUCAAGGAUCGCUGGUUUUGGCGUCUGCGCAACAACCGGGUGCAGGAGGGGUAUCCCAUGCAGAUUGAGCAGUUCUGGAAGGGCCUUCCCGCAAGGAUCGACGCAGCCUAUGAGCGCUCUGAUGGCAAAUUUGUUUUCUUCAAAGGAGAUAAAUACUGGGUUUUUAAGGAGGUGACGGCAGAGCCAGGCUACCCUCACAGCCUGGUGGAGCUGGGGAGCUGCCUGCCCCGGGAAGGCAUUGACACGGCACUGCGCUGGGAGCCCGUGGGCAAAACCUACUUCUUCAAAGGGGACAGGUACUGGAGGUACAAUGAGGACAAGAGAGCCACGGACCCAGGAUACCCAAAGCCCAUCACCGUGUGGAGAGGAGUCCCUCAGGCUCCUCAGGGGGCUUUCAUCAGCAAGGAAGGCUUUUACACCUACUUUUACAAAGGGAAGGAGUACUGGAAGUUCGAUAACCAGAGGCUGAGUGUGGAGCCAGGCUACCCUAGGUCGAUCCUCAAGGACUGGAUGGGCUGUAACCAGAAGGAUGUUGAGCGGAGCAAGGAUCGGCGUCUCCCACACGACGAUGUGGACAUCAUGGUGACAAUAAAUGACAUGCCCAGCACCGUCAAUGCCAUUGCAGUGGUCAUCCCCUGCAUCCUGUCUCUGUGUAUUCUUGUCCUGGUAUACACAAUCUUCCAGUUUAAAAACAAGGAGGUGCAGCAAAAUGUUAUGUACUACAAAAGACCUGUCCAGGAAUGGGUAUGA